UGUAAACACCUGACCACUGCAGGGGACCGAGCCCGCUGAUUCUCCGCAUACAAAAUAUAAAAGUCUUCCAGAAACCUUCCCGUUGAUUACACAGCUGCGCGUCCUCUGAGCGGGAUGACGGACGCGGAGAUGUUCGCGUCGGAGGAGGAGGAGGAGCAGGUGGUGGACGGCGGCCCGCUGGGAGACUUCAGGCGGCGGACGCGGCUGUACUGCAUGAAUGGCGGACAUCACCUCCAGAUGCUCCCCGACGGGACGGUGCAGGGCCAGAGGGAGGAAGGGGACGCUCACACUGUAUUAAAGCUCAAAGCUGUGGAUAGAGGUGUCGUGGUUGUCCAAGGAACAGAAACCGGGCGAUAUUUGGCCAUGAAUGACGAGGGCCGAUUGUACAGUUCACACACAGUGACCGAUGAAUGUUACUUUCUGGAGAAGCUGGAGGAGAACCACUACAACACAUAUGUAAGUCAGAAAUAUCAGGUCAGGAACUGGUAUGUAGCGCUGAAAAAGAACGGAAGACCUAAACUGGGUCCAAGAACUCACAUCGGACAGAAGGCCAUCUUCUUUCUGCCCCGACAGCUGAGCGACUCCAGAGAGUGAAGACGAGCGGCUCAUCACACAGCGAUACCUCAAUCUAAAUGAAUGCUAUAUCACAAUGAAUAAGUUGUGUGAAUAUGGUUGAUGAACUGGCGAGUAUUUCUAAAGAUUAAUCUAAUGCAUACUUAUUAGGGCGAGGACCAGCUUCCAUCAGAGCUCCACUAACACAGCAUCCCAUUGUAGCUGGAAGCAGGUCUGCUUGUUGCACAGAAGAAAAAGGGCCAACAAGAACACAGGAUAAUAAACUUAGGUACUGAUUUGAAAGAUUACGUCUGAAAUAGUGGUUCUCGGACUGAGGGGCAUGUUGAAUGAUUAGGUUAUACAUGUGUAGUGACCUAGAUUGUUAUUAAAGUUGUCUAGACCAUCAAAUAUUGCACUGACGAUUACAUUGUAUACCUAAUUAAUUGAGAAUGUUGUUGGAAGUCAUGCGUUUCAAGUACUCUCUAGUUUUACUUUUCUGCAACCAAUGCUUUGCUCUGGAGGAGUCAUGCUUCGGCAGAUUAGAAGAGACUGAAUAUUAAAUAUAUGAACUAUAAGGCUCUUGAGCUGCUCACGUUCCAGCAGCAGGUCCACUGUGCUUCCACCAAUGUGUAAAAUGACCCAGUGCACCAUUAA